GCAUGCUGCAUAGCAACCCAAAGAUCGGAAACCGCAACUUCCCAUACCCAAUGAAUGCCGAAAACACCAGGGACCUUUCCAAUCGGGCGUCAAUGACUGUGAUAUUAUUGACACGAUAAAUGAAUCACCGCCUCGCAUGAACCCUCCCUCCGCCAAGCAAAUACCAUGUCCGCCCCCGAGCCCCAACACCCGGGCGAGCGACUCGCAUCCUACUUCUCCGCCUUCUUCUCCACGAUUGUCGGCAUCUCCACGCUGGGCGCCUCGAUCUCCUUUUCCAAGGUCGUCCAGACGCCGGUGAAGCCGUGGGUCGACUACGGGGUGGCGGCCGAGACCAUCCAGAACCACCUGUCCGUCGCCUUCGUCCUCUUCCUCAUCGACCUCGCCCUGACGUCGACCGCCGCGUCCGCGCUCUCGCUGUACCGGCCGCAGGCCGUCAGCUACUUCGGCCGCCGCGACAGCCACCAGCGGCGCGUCGUCAUGUGGUGGGCCACCCUGGUCAGCGUCGUCCUGUUCGGCCUCCUGUUCGCCGCCUUUGUGUUCCUCGGCCUCGUCGUCGCCGCCUACGCGGGGCCCAUCGGCUGGGUCGCGGUGGGCUUCUUGUGUCUGUUCGGCCUCACUAUUCUGGGUGUUAUCGUCUGGCAGAGCCCGAUCGGAUCCCCGAGCCCGGAGGAGGUGCUCAGGCGGCAGCGCGAGCGUGACAUGCUUGAUCAGGAUGGCUCGCCGUCUCAUGUCUCUUCCCCAGAGAAGAGUCCCGUCCGCAGACCCGCCUAUCCUCCUGGCCCCGGGUACGACGACGUGGACGACGGCGGGGAGCCAGGACCGCUAGGUCACUACAAGGAUGACGCAAUAUCGGCCACUCCAAGGGUGCCGGCCGAUCCCAUCCCGGGCUACGACCCUCUCGUCCCACCAUACAUGGCGGACCUGCGGAGACUGAGAUCGCUCCGGGCCGAGAAGGAGGAGAGGUCGCAGGCGAGGAGAGAUUCGUGGCGUGACAGUGGGAGGCCAGGGUCAGAUGUCUACACUUAUACAUAUGCAACGAGGCAUUAGCGGUGUUAUACGGCAGGCAGCGGAGGGAGUCACAGCGGGAAUGGGCGUUUUUGCUGAGACGGGGAUCAUUCAGUUGGGACUCUUCCCUUGCUAACUAAAUCUAACAAUACUCGGACGUCCAGGGCCAAUGCAUGGCCCUCUGAGAUGCCUGUCCCAUGUGUGGACCCGCUGAGCUAGAUGCAUGCAAUGAAGCACCGUUACUCAACGUUUGAAUUUGAUGCAGUAUUGAAAGUCCC